CCUCCUCGCCAUCACGUUUCUCUUCUCUCCGCAGAUUGUGUGUUUGCAUAAAGCCGAACUAUCGCCGGAGAUUGGCCGGAACAGAGUGAAUCGGAAAUACAGAAGCGUCUCCUCUGGACAGGAAUGGGAUUCAUUUCCCUUCAGGAGAGAGUCCGGACCGGGUCAGGCCCAUAUCGUUCCUGGUCUAAUUUCCUGUUUCAGCAGCAUCCCCCUCGCCUCUCGCCUCUCCUGACGCCAGAGCAGCCCACCCGCCGGGAGGGGCUGAAUGGCAGCAGCGCGUUUCACACUCAACGCAGGCCCGUAACGGAGACGACGCAGGGAGACACAAACAACAAUCGGAGAAAAGUCCCAACCGCCAGCAGCACUUAUCACCAUGGCGACCAACAGGGAGCACCAUGUGCGUCACAUGACUGGCUUCCCCCGAGCUAUGUACCCGUUCACCUUUAACUCCAUGCGUAGCCACUCCCCCUUCGACCUGCUGGCCAGUAGCCACCUAUUCGGCCGGUUCGGGACGGACCUUCCCAAAGAGAUGGCUGCAUUGUCGGUGGAGACCCAGAGCACCAGCUCAGAGGAAAUGGUCCCCAGCUCUCCUUCUCCUCCUCCUCCGCCCCGCAUCUACAAGCCGUGCUUUGUGUGCCAAGACAAGUCAUCUGGUUACCACUAUGGAGUGAGCUCCUGUGAGGGCUGCAAGGGUUUUUUUCGGCGCAGUAUCCAAAAGAACAUGGUGUAUACAUGCCACAGAGACAAGAACUGCCAGAUCAACAAAGUGACCCGCAACCGCUGCCAGUACUGCCGGCUGCAGAAGUGCUUUGAGGUUGGCAUGUCCAAAGAAGCGGUGCGUAAUGACAGGAACAAAAAGAAGAAGGACGUAAAGGAGGAAGUGGUGCUGCCAGAGAACUACGAGCUGAGUCGAGAACUAGAGGAGCUGGUCAACAAAGUCAGCAAAGCUCACAAAGAGACCUUUCCAUCUCUGGGACAACUCGGAAAAUACACCACAAAUUCAAGUGCUGACCACAGAGUACAGCUGGAUUUGGGCCUGUGGGAUAAGUUCAGUGAGCUGUCCACAAAGUGCAUAAUAAAGAUCGUGGAGUUCGCCAAGCGGCUUCCUGGCUUCACUACGCUCACCAUCGCUGACCAGAUCACCCUCCUCAAAUCUGCAUGCCUGGACAUCCUGAUGCUGAGGAUAUGCACUCGCUACACCCCGGAACAGGACACCAUGACUUUCUCUGAUGGCCUGACACUCAACAGGACCCAGAUGCAUAACGCUGGCUUUGGCCCUCUGACAGAACUGGUGUUUGCCUUUGCCGGCCAGCUGCUGCCUUUGGAGAUGGAUGACACAGAAACGGGUUUACUCAGCGCCAUCUGCCUCAUCUGUGGAGACCGCAUGGAUCUGGAGGAGCCACAGAAAGUAGACAAGCUGCAGGAGCCGCUGCUCGAGGCUCUGAAGAUCUACACCCGCCGCAGACGCCCAAACAAGCCUCACAUGUUUCCCCGCAUGCUGAUGAAAGUCACAGACCUCCGAGGAAUCAGCACCAAAGGUGCGGAGAGAGCCAUCACACUGAAGACUGAGAUCCCGGGCCCCAUGCCUCCACUCAUCAGGGAGAUGCUGGAGAACCCGGAGGCCUUCGAGGACAGCAGUGACUCCGGAGACAGCGCUGCAGCCGCUCCCCCUGCGAUUCAAGCCAUCAAACAAGAGGAGAAGGCCACAGAUGAGUCAGCCGUUGAGGAGGAAGAGGAGGAGGAGGAGGAGGACGACUAUUGGGAUGAGGAGAAGGACCGAGGGGUGGACAGUGAUGGGGAGCUGUUGGUGGAGGCGGCAGCCAGCGCGCUAAAGAAAGGUGUAACUGGGAAAACGCAAUGAGAGAGACGGGAGGGCCGCCACGUCCUUCAGAUCAGAGGCCUCGUGGAAACCUCACAGAAUUAGGCUCUUAUACAACAACGGUGUUGAAUGCAGCGCCUACAAAUACUGUAAAUAUUGACUGAAAGGAAAGUAUGUUAAAUAGGAAGUAAGGAAUGAGCGAAGCAAAAGCACUAAAUGUAAGUGGAUUGAGCAGAGUGCCACGAAAGAUCACUGUGCCAAAAUGAGACUCAAAAAGAUAUUUGUGCACCAAAUGAGAUGUGGUAGACAGAAGACAAUGCACUCCUCAGCUAUCUAUAAGGGCUAUGCUUUUAAUACAAUUGAUGAUAAAAAAUACCUUGCAACAACAGAACUCUAUGUGGUGUCUGUUUUCCGCCAAUGUCUUCUGAGAAUUCCUUUUAUUACAAGUGAGAGAUUUGCGACUUAUUUUUUUAUUGUCUGCUUUUUCUAAGCGUGUAAACAUUUCUGUUCUGUCUUUUUGCAUGUCUGUGGGACUCCCUGUCUUUUUAUGGUAUAUUUUUCACUCAUUUGACUGGACAUUUAGUGAGUCCUUUUGCUUGCCUUUAAUGUUUGGCGAUACUUUGUUGUUAUACACAGUGGAAGCAAUUGCAAAGAGAGAGCAGGUCAUGACCGGGACUCUAGCUCACAAGAAGACAAGCAUGUGCUAUGGAAAGCCCCAAAGGGUAAAACAUUCAAAAGACAAUAAGGAGACGACUGUCUUUUCCGCUCUGGUGCUUGUGAUCAAAAUAAAAUGAUUAAUAACGCAAGACAAGGGUGGCAGGGUGUCUCAACCUUCUCCACAACAUUUUUUUUCAAAUAUUUAGACUAUAGAAUCUGCAGGGUAGAUCAAACGUCAGCACACAAUCUCAGGGUGAUUCCAUCAGGGCCACAUCUCAUCUGACACCAGUAUUCUUUCAGAAAUGCUCUGACGUUGCGCCAACAUCUUCAGCAACAAGUGGGAUUUUUAAAAGUGAAGUUGUUGGCCAUGAUGCACAUGACCUUUGUGAGCCCAUAAUAUUUUCAUUUUUUCUUAGAAGUGAUGUAUGAAUAAUCCAAAUGGACGUAACCCUUAAAAUCAGUUUACUUCACAGAAAAUGUCAGGUGAGUGUGUGUUUGUGUCUGUGCAUGAGUGUGUAACUAAGAGCAUUUAUCAAAAGCGAGUGCUGUGGAGAUGUCCGUCAUUACUGCCAUAAUCUACAGCGAGCAUUUACGCACAACUCCAAUAAUUACUAUCCUCAAAACGCACAAAAUGAAAUAACAUUUUUUCCCAAUUUCACUCACUCAAAGAUGUCUAUUGAAGAGGAGGAAAUUGAAUCGCGUGAUCAAUUAAAUGGGGUCACAACCACCUAACAUAAUAACCAACACAAUGGAAGACUUAACAUGUGGUGACGAAGCACACCGGUGUGUGUGUCCAUGGUUGCAUGGAUUUUGUAAAACGAUACUUAUGAUUUGUUUGUCAUUGAGGCUUUACAGCUUUUUGUAUGCAAGAUGUAUAAAAUCGACAUUAUCUAAUUAAUGAAAGACACUUCAUCUCGCUGCUGUUCAGCUGCAACUUGCUGAAGUAGUUUGUUGAUAUUAGGGAUGAAAUGAUACAGCCAAGGUGUGAUAUCUGAAGAAAA